AGACUACGAGAGCAAUAAUUCCAAAAAAUUGACCUUAGAGAAGCGCUUAGCAAAAAGGCACCGUUAGACCGCCGUUGUUCCUACGCCAGUUUGAAAUCUCAUAUUCUCAUCUCAUCACAAUUCAACGCGCCUCUUUUCUCUUCUCUCUCCUCACUUGUUCAAUUCCUCACCACCUCUCCGCCUAUUUUGCUCUCCAUCCAUUUCUCACAAACCCUACUUUUCUCCAAGCUUUUUUUUUUUACUUUGCUCAUUAAUGGCGAAGAGAAAGCUUGCUCAGAGAAAAGGCGCUGCCAAAAAAGCCGAACAAGUUGAGGAACAGAAUCCCAAGGUAGUAGAAGAAGAAGAAGUAAAGCACGAUGAAAAAGAAGAUACAAAGUCGCACGAAGAAGCUCAGAAACAGCAGAAACAAGUGAACAAAGUCGCUAGAAAACCUAGGAAGCGCAUCAAGCCUGAUUCCGAACCAGAGUACUUUGAAGAUAAGCGCAAUUUGGAGGAUCUGUGGAAAGAAGUAUUCCCUGUUGGUACAGAGUGGGAUCAAAUGCACUUGGUUUACCAGUAUAACUGGAACUUUACAAAUUUGGAGAAUGCUUUUGAGGAAGGAGGAGUGCUGCAUGGUAAAAGAGUUUAUCUCUUUGGAUGUACAGAGCCUCAAAUGGUGCCUUUCAAGGAUGAGAUGAAAAUAACCCAAGUACCUGUUGUAGUCGCGGUUGUGUCGCCAUUCCCCCCUUCAGAUAAGAUUGGCAUCAAAUCAGUACAACGGGUGGCUGAAGAAAUAGUUCCCAUGAAGCGCAUGAAGAUGGACUGGGUCCCAUAUGUUCCUUUAGAGAACAGGGACAUUAUGGCAGAAAGGUUACAUUCAGAGAUAUUCAUCUUGAGAUGCACUCAGAGAAGGUCUGCGUUAAGGCAUUUGAAGGAAGAGCGCGUCAAGACCUUUGAGUAUUGUUUGCCUUAUUUUUAUCAGCCCUUGCAAGAAGAUGAGCUUGAACAGAGUACAGUUGUGCCUAUUCUUUAUGAAAUGGACUUAAAGCCGGUAUUCUGUGAAUUUGAUUGGGAGUUUGAUGAAGUCGAGGAAUUUACCGAGAAACUCAUCACAGAAGAGGAACUUCCCUCGGAGGAGAAGGACAAAUUCGAGGAAUAUGUCAAAGAGAAAGUACGAGAUGCUAAAAAGGCAAACCGGGAGGCAAGGCAGGCUCGUAAGAAAGCAUUGGAGGAGAUGAGUGAAGAAACAAAAAAUGCUUUUGAAAAUAUGAGAUUUUACAAAUUCUAUCCUGUGGCUUCUUCAGAUACACCUGAUGUUUCAGGUGUAAAGGCUCAUUUUAUAAACCGGUACUAUGGGAAGGCUCACGAAAUCUUUUAAUGAAUGUCACCUGAAGAGUUGCUUAUGAAGAAGCACCAGUGUAAACAACAAUCAUCUGCAAUUUUUUGGAGUGCCAUUGAAAUGGCUAAUAGCUUGUAAGUUGUAAGGUUGAGAGUUUAGAAAUGAUCCUGUGGAGUACAACUUUGGUUGCUCAAUGAUAGCGCAAAUCAGUGCCAAAAAAAUUGUUGGGUAAUGAGUAGCUAGCUGUUAGUUAGCGGAUGUAAUUGUACCAUAUAUGCUGAGAAAUCAAAUGCUACUAGAGCAUGAAUUUUUGGAUAUUUAGCAAGCCCUUCAUAUCAUAGUAGUUUUCAAAUUCUGAAUUCAGUGAUUUGUCUUUGUAUCACCAGGCAACAUUUGUCAGAUUACACUUCAUUAUGGUAAUUAAAUCAUAUCUUAGGUUCUUGUU